GCGCUUGCUUUUGUGUUCGGAAGUGUUGCACAGGCGGGGCAUUUUGGUUAAAUUGCUGUAGUUUGGUUUAGUGUCUUUAGCACCGAACGGCGGGAUACGCGGGGUUAGUAGUUGAUGAGUUGCAGUGAAGGCGGGAGUGAAACCAGUAGUAGUAGUUUUUACGGCGUUAGGCGCGAUGUUCGUAUUUUAUGCUCGAGUAAAUAGUUACAAACUUGAAACUAAGUGGUAAGCAUGCACCUUCACUGGGCGCUAGAGUUGUUUAAGCCAUUUUCUGCUCUACGUAAAAAAAUCGUUAUACGUCAGUGAACCGGUUUCGAUAAAUUUUGAGUCCUUUCAGAGAGUAACUGAAGCUAAGCUAACCGAAAAGCUAUAAAGCCAGGACUUUUCAUUUAAAAUAAUCCCAGUCCUCGUUUGUUUUGAAAAUGGGCGAAAGAAGAUGUAUGCAUCCUGACAUGAACCUCUCUGUUACUGAGCUCCAGACAGUGGCUCCUCUUGUGCGUCUGCUGUCUGCUGCUCUGUGGAAGGUGAUGAAGCAGAGGGAUGUGAUGCAGUAUGGAGUGCUGGAGAAGUUUGUGACGUCAGCAUGUGAGACCGUUCCUGGGAUGCUCACAUUCAGGCACCAGGGCAAACUGACAUUGGGGCUGAGAGGACGGCUAAUCCUGGAGCUGUGUCGCACACAACCAGAUGCAGAAGUCAUUGAACCUCACCUGCAAAGGAUGCGUGCCCCAACUGCUCAUUCAUCUAUAGCUGCUGGAGUGAUGAAUGAUGUAAAAAUUGCCAAAACAGUGGAAAGUUUUCAUUUGUUGGUUCACACCCUGCUGAAUGACAACACAGAGAGAGAACUGUUUUUUAAGGAGGAUUUUCCCGUAGACUAUGGUCCAAUGUUUGACAAGGAAUUGGAGAAGCUGCUCUGGGAGUUUUUGAGCCGAAUGGAUCGAUUGCUUUCCGUUCCCAGCUUAAAUGAGACAUUGUCAUGGCUCACUGACAUCCCUGUUGUCCUGGAGGAAUGUGCCUGCUCAGGCAGGCAGCCCCAGCUCCUGAGCAUCCUCAUCUGCCAUGAAACCCGCUUCGGUCACCUUGACUCAGCAGCGGCUCUCCCUCCCAACAUGCGGGACUGCAUUCUGGAAUCACUUUCUCUGUCUCCAUCUGGAAAAACAGCAGGAGACCAAAUAACAGGAAGAAAAACAUCUGCCUCCUGUAGUCACACACCAACAAGAGGCAGGUUCAUUUCCCCAAUUACUGGGCAGAUCUCUCCCAAAAUUCACCAUGCAGAAGAGAACGAAGAGACACAAAAACAUGACAGAGUGGAAGGAGGUGCAGGAGUUAGCACGGAGGAGGAGGAGGAGGAGGUCCACAUCUACAGAAGAAGUGGAGGAAUGAAACGUAAGCACUCUUACACUUUGCGGAAUGUGUCAAUGGAGGCAGAGAAAGAUGACCAGAACGUGUCACGAUCAAGGAAAAGAUUGUUCCGAAAAGUCAGGCAGAGCUCAAGAAGUCAGGUGACAAAUAUGAGUGAUGAUGACGGAACACAAACCUGCUCCGUGUAUGCUCCAGAAAAUCUCUUACUCCACUUGGUGCACAAGUCUUUUCAGCCAAAAGUUGUAAUCAGAAAACUGCCAGUUACUUAUUUGUGCAGGACCAGAAGUAAAGCAGAACCUUCAAGUCCAGAACAGCAGGGGAACACCUCAUCAUCCAAGCCUUCAACACAACUAAACACAAGCAGCCAAACGGAAAACACCGACUGCAGCAGUCCAGGCACGGUUGAUAAGGAAAAUAAUCCCAUAAUGUCCAGCAUGAGCAGCUGUCUAGCUCCGAUGACACACACAGGGACACUCAGGCUUUCUGGUGACGAUAGUGGCCAGGACUACGUGGCUGAUUCUGAGGACGAGGCGACCAAGAACUUCAAGUGUCGGCUCUUCAUGAAGCGCUACCACAAAACCAAACACGGAACUUACAUUCCCACUCUGAGGGAAUACUGGAAACCAACCAUGCAGCGGCGGGACCGGCUGUCUGUCAGAAGUAAACACUGAUGAGUGACUUUGAGAUAAAGAUAGACUUACUCCUCUCUUUCUUAGCGAUUGCACUUUGUUGUUGACUUUUAAUCUCUUCACAGCUGGAAAUCAUGUUUCCUUUUUUUUAAAUUAGCACUUGUUACACCUGAAUCUAUUAAGUGUACUUUUUAAUGAAACAUAUAGCUAAUUAAGUACAUUGCAAAGGAUUGAUUGUAUUGUUUGAUGCCAUGUUUUUGUUUCCUGAGGACAAUUGUUUGGUUCCACCCUGAAUUUUAGUUGACCUAAAAGAACAAAGAUCAAGGAUUUUUGUUGAUUUUCAUGAAUCAAUGAUAGGGAAAACGUGUCAUAAUCUGACCAUUUUCUGGUAUCUUCACUCAUAAGCUAACAGACGUGUAAUUUUAUGGACUGCCAGCAGGGGAGGUAACUCAAUUUAUUUGGUUUGAUUUAUUGUUUAUUGUGAGAUCAUGUGGAGGCUCCCCUUUUUCAACCUUAGAUUUUAUUUUCCCAGUAACUAUUUUGACAGACUUUGUUUUUUAAGCAUCUCCUCAAGUAUUAAAGGUGUAUUCUGACUAUAUUUGUUAUGUUCUUUCUGACACAUUUUUUGCCAUGUAUUAGUUGAAUUUGCUUGAAUAAGGUUUUGUUUUACAUUUGCCGUAUCUAUUUUGAUGAUUUCUUUAUUUUAAAAUGUCCAUUAGGUUCUAUUAGUAACACAGCCAUGUUAUUUAUUAAGUAUUUAAUAAUUCAUCAAUGUGCAGGACAUUUUUCUUCUAGUACCUUCAAGAAUCACAAUCAAUGGGAGUGUUAUGUAACCACAGCAAGCUGCAAUCUGGAAGGAGAGCUGAGCAGCCACUGCAACACAGCUGGCUAACCACACACCCGAUGAAAGUGACAGAAGUAAAGUUGGAUUUUUUUAAUAAAAAUCAA